AUGGCUAGCUAUGUUUUAAGAAAUAAAAUUAUGAAUUAUGAUCGAGUGGGUGUCGGUAAGCGUCUCUGUUCCGCUCGGGAAGAUAAGCGGCGAGUGAAUGAGAUGCAGGGCGGCGCGCCGCAUCGCGCCGUCGUCGGAAGGGUGUGGGAUAUGGAGGCGGACGGCCUUGCUAAGCACCUAUGGUCAGCCGAAGCUCGCAAAUCUGUCGUGUCGUAUGUACCUCAUGGUUGGAACUUG